CCUGUGAAUACAUGUGAUUUCCCAGAAAGCGCACACCCUUUCCACCGGUCUGCAUAAAGGGGAGAGGAGAUUAUUUUUAAGACGACUUGUGUCCAUAUAGAAAGAAGAGUUUGAGCUGGGCUGAGAACACGGCAGGGAGAUGCAGAGCACUGGAGAAGAAGCCACGGAUUCCCAAGAAGGCAAAUCAGAGGAUGCCAAAAAGGGACAUCUGGCUAGAAAAUUACUGGCAGAAAGCUGCGAGAGAGAAGGGCUGGAUGCAGCAUACUGGCUCCCGAGGCUGUCGGACAUACUGGGGGUUAGGUCCAGAGAAGCUCUGAAACAUCUGCAAUACGAAGACUACCUUAAGCUGGAAUGUAAAGUAGAGCAUCCCUGGGAAAAAAAAGCACUCCAACAACUCCUGGAAAUAACAGACAAGAAGAGAACUAUUGAGGAGUUGCAGAAGAAGCGCUUGGAGAUGACAAAAAAGAAGCAAGAAGCAGCCAGGUUAGCCCUGAACGAGUUGAAAGAAAUGUACAACAGCAACAGCCACACCAAGGAAUUUAUAAGAAAGAAAGAGGAGGCACUGUGGAAAGCCUUGGACAUUCCCCAGGAGUACUGGACACUAUCUGAGAAGACAUCGGUGGAGGUGUUGGAGAGGAUCCAAAAGCAACUGGAGCAGGAGGAAGAAUCAGUGUGCAGGAGUGAGAAUGUCUCCGAUAAGGAAGUCUUGCGGCGAGCAUCAGGGGGACUGGCCCUGCAGGGCAUUUACAGAACCAACAGCCUCCCAGACAUGCUGGCAAAGCGAGAGCAGCUCAUCAACAUUCCUGAUGGAUUCAAGCUCGAUGGUCCAGAACAAGGGUCGCUGCUUGAGAAGAAAGAGUUUUCAUCUUCUGCAGCAGAAGCUACUUUCACCAAGUCCAUGCAGCAGCUGGGGUUCAGCAUCAGCGUCGCUGCCGAAGCUGGGUUCUGGAAGCUUAGUGUUGCAGCUGCUGUAGAUCACAGCAGCUCCUCACAGUCAGAGGAAACCCACAAGUCAUGCUCUGAGCAGGCAUACAUUUGUACCACCAAGUAUCAGUACAUCCCUCUGGCCUCCUGCUACUUCCAAAAGCAUCAGCUUCACCUCUCAGAUGUGGCCCUGCAGGAGCUGCAAGGCAUUGAGCAACUUUUGAGCAUCACCCCGGAAGCAAACAGGCUCAACAUGCUGAAAAGCAGGUGUGGCAACUUCUUCAGCAGGUUUGGCUCCCACAUAAACCAGGGCCCCCUACACUUUGGGGGAAUAUUCUGGUGGAAAGCAUCUACGGAAGGAUUCAAGGCUGAACAGAGGGAAGAGAUGAAAAGACAAGCAUCUGAAGCACUAAACCGCUACAUUGGGGCCACCUUUUAUGCCUCUCCAGCAGUGAGUGUUGAUACUUCAAAAUCCAGUUCUGAGGCAUCAUUUCAGGGAAGAGACAGAAGAGACGCGCAGACAGCAAUUCAGCUAUUUGUGACCAAAACAGGAGGCCCAUCAGAGGUGGAUUCCCUUGCUCAGUGGAAAUCUGCGCUAGUAACUAGUAACACAACUUGGUCCGUUAUUGACCGAGGCUUCCAGCUCAUCCCAGUAUGGGAUAUAGUCCUGGCUAACCACAGCAAUGACUUUAAAUCUGUUCAUCAAAUGAGUAGCAGCCUCCGGACUGCAUAUGAAGCUCUAACUAAUCACAAUGUCAGCGUGUUGUUUGGAGAGGAACUAGUCAGUGCGGUGGAAGAGGCCAGAGCUUUCUUAGAAGGAGUGAAGGCCUGGGAGGUCACAGUCGAUGAAAAUAAAUUGUUCACGUUAAUAGAUUUCAAACAGCAUCUGAAUGAAAAAACGAAAAAUCACAGUGUCUGGAUCCAUGUGUGCCUGUCAGACAAAGCAUUGCAGGAGUUCCUGGUAAACACCGUUUUGUCUUGCCAGAAGUCAUCUUCAGAAAACACCACAUAUAUCAAAUCUCUGCUGCAGUGCCUGCUGGAUCCUCAUGUGUAUUCUGUUAAGGAUUUUCCCAGGGCUUCUUUUAUUAUGCAAUGGAUCUUUCACACUGAGCGCACAAUUCCUGAAACUCCCAAUAUUUCUGAGUUUGAAGAUCUCACUAAGACACUGCUGCAAAUGAAAGAGUACAUCCAGGAAGUCACCUAUGCACCAGAAGCCUCUGCAUCUGCUAUUCACGAAGCAAAGAUAAAAGCCACUCUGACCAUAAGUCUAUCUGUUAAUUCCUUACUCCGGUUUCUCCGAGACAGGGUGCAGAAAGACCUAGAACUGUUAGUGCUCUUAGUUACGACCAGCACAGGGUACCAAGUGGAAAGCAGCACUUUUCAGCACCUCCUUGGAUGUCCAGAAAUCAAUUUCAUGAUAAAGGAAAUGGAAAUGGCCCAUAAAGAAUAUCUGAAUCUGAAGGACCAGGACGUUUACAGAGCUCAGGCCUUCCUGCUGCUGACGGGUCUAACUGUAACACCCGAAUAUAAAGAGCUGUCUCUUGAGCAGAAGUAUGACCGUUUAGUUGUCAUGAAAGAUCAAAUGAAAAAUUCAUGGUCCACAGAGAUAAAAACUCUCCUUGAAAAGCACGAUGCAUACAAAGACUGGGAGAUGCUGGAAAGAGACUUGCACUCCUUUACCAAUGGACGCUUGGAUGACACAUGCAGUGAUCUGAAACAACACAAUAUAAUCAAAGACAUGGAAGACACUUUUCAAGAAAUAAAGCCUUCUAGUCAAUCUAUAUCAAAAUCGCAGCAGAAAUCUUGUAGUGAAUCCAAAAGAAAUGAAGAAAUUGCAAACCAGGAGUUCCUCAACUUACUCAGGCGCCUUGGACUAGAAAGUUACUAUCCAAGAAAAAUGGGGACAGAAGACUUCCACCUAAUACACACGACAUCUUUACAUGACAGCCAGCCCAGCAAGAACAAUGAACUACCAUUUUACUUCUUGCAAAAGCUAUUAACGGUGGAUUAUCGGGUGAGAUACAUAGUUUGCAAAGACGACAGUAACCAAGAAGUAACACGUAUAACAAAAAUCCCAGAAAAUGAGCAUGAACCCCCUGACACCUUCGAUGAUUUUUUCACUGAUUUUGGUGAAGCGUCCAAUGAGUCUGCAAACAGGGAGAGUCAUGUGCACCCCAUGGACCUCCAGAUGGCGAUUUUUCAUUGUGCCAAUGAUUUCAUGAGACAGUACCUUGCAACAAAGCUCGCUUUCUGCCAGUUUGCGCUUCCCCUCCUGGUACCAGACCCAUGCACCUCACGGAUAGAGUUCCCUCUCUGGUCCCUCAGCCAAAUUAAAAAGAGCUGGAAAGGGAAGGCAAAAUUGGGAAAGCAGACCACAAUUAAGAGUCACAAAAACAAACUGAUUUAUCAGGCAGAGACACCCAUUGUGUCCUUCAUACGGAUUGGGAGUUCUCCUUCCUCUUCCAAGUCACAGAUCCUGAAUGCUCUGCUGAGUAAACACAGACAUGACACUUUCUUCCAUCGACACUGCAAAGGCAGCACCAAAGACUGUCUUCUGAUGAAAGGUGUUGUGGAGAUCUCUUGGUACUGUCCCAGUGGCAGUGCUGAUGACACUUUUGACUACUGUGUUGCCUUCUGUAAUCUGCAUGGAGAUGCAAGAGACCAUGAACCACAACUGCAGUUUUUACAGGAGAUAUCUUCUGUGAAUGUGGCGCUUUUAUCUGAGUCUGAGCAGAGUGACAAGAAAGGCAUGAAGAUUUUACAUGACCUGUGGCAGUCUCAAAAGCCUUUGAUUUGUCUUUUCACUGAAAAAGAGAAUGUUGCACCUGGCCGAUCUGGUCGGAACAGAAAAAUAGGUAUCAAGAACAGAAAUGAAGCAGAAUUAAUAGGUGAGCUGAUAGAAACAAUCAGAGAUCUACUAGCAGGCUCAAACAACCUUUUAAGUCUUGAUGCCUGUCAGGACGUAGCUCGCCAACAUGGAUUCGUUGUUGAUGAAGAUGCAGAAGAGUGUGUGACAGCCAAAGCAAAGGCAAAAACCUUGGUGCAACUCCUGAAAAAAGAGAAAUUGUCUGAGAUCAAAUUACAGCUAUUGCCUCUUCAAGGAAAACUAUGGUAUACAUGGUGUAAAAAGGACAAAGAGCUCACCCGCUUGCAGGAAAAGAGGAACAAGAGCAUAGAACAUCAUCGGAGCCAAAUUGAGUCAGAGAAGUCUGCAAUACGAAGAAAGCAAUUAGACAGAGCAUUCCCCCUCAAUCAGCUGAUGAAAUCAGUCCUUGGCUUUCUCCAGUCACAGUCAGAAGACACCAAGAAAUACUUCCUGCAAUGGAUGAAGAUCUUUAUGGAUGACCUGUCCUCUGACCGCCUUGAUGAACUUCGGAAAGAAUAUCAUCAGUUAUGGUAUCAAAUCCUGGCAAUGAAGAAAAGCAACGAAAAAAAGAAUCUGAAAACUCUAUUGCUGGAUAAAUUAGAAGCCCUCUCAAAAGAAAUCAAUGAUUCAUCCAUUGGUCUUGAGCAUAUUUUGAGAGAGGUAGGGCAGAUUCAUGAAGCUCUAGAAUCAAUGAACUCAAAAGAUAAAUGUUUUGUCAAACUACCUGAAAUUGCAGCCGAUCUGAUGGUUUCAGGGUAUCCAAUUGAACUGAUGGAUGGUGAUGCUUCCUAUGUACCAAUGCGAUGGGUUGGGGCAAUCUUUGACAGAUUAAUUGAGAAGCUGGGGGACAAAAGAGUGUAUGUUCUUUCAGUGCUUGGCAUCCAGAGCACAGGGAAGUCAACCCUGCUGAAUGCCAUGUUUGGUCUUCAGUUUAAUGUCAGUGCGGGGAGGUGCACCCGGGGAGCAAUUAUGCAGCUGCUUAAGGUGGACGAGAAUCUCCGACAGGAUGUGAACUUUGAUUACAUGCUGAUUGUUGACGCCGAAGGACUUCGUGCUGUAGAGAUGGCCAAUAAACAGUCACUUAAUCAUGACAAUGAGCUAGCCACCUUCGUCAUUGGCAUUGGCAACAUGACUCUGAUCAAUAUCUUUGGAGAAAAUCCUUCAGAAAUGCAAGAUGUCCUUCAGAUAGCUGUGCAGGCUUUUCUGAGGAUGAAGCAAGUCCAUCUCUCCCCAAGCUGCUUGUUUGUUCACCAAAAUGUCGGAGAAAUAACUGCAAAGGAACAAAACAUGGAAGGGCAAAGACGCCUGCAGGAAAAGCUGGAUGAAAUGACAGUGAUAGCCGCCCAGCAGGAAUUCUGUGAUGUCACCUGCUUCAGCGAAGUCAUCCGCUUUGAUGUGAACACCCACAUUCAUUACUUUGCUCACCUCUGGGAAGGAAACCCACCAAUGGCGCCACCCAACCCCACUUACAGCCAAAACGUGCAGGAGCUAAAGAGCAAAAUCCUCCAAGCUGCCAAGAAGGAAUCGCAGAGCAGUAUUUUAAGGCUCUCAAGCUUGAAGGUUCGUAUUAGUGACCUGUGGAAUGCUUUGCUGAAUGAAAACUUUAUUUUCAGCUUCAAGAAUUCAGUCGAGAUUGCCACAUACAAGAAACUGGAAACAGCAUUUAGCCAGUGGACCUGGCAGCUGAGAAGUCACAUCCUGGAUUUGCAAAUGAAACUGGACAAUCGAAUUCGGAACGGGGAAUUGCAGGUGGUCACCAGAGAAUACCUUGAAAAACUAAUGCAAGAAAAAUAUAAUGCCAUCAUGACAGACCUGGAAAAGUAUUUCAGUGAAGAUAAAGACUGUGAUAUACUGGUUCAGUGGAAAUCCAAUACUGACUUGAAGCUGAAGGAAACAAAAGAGUCACUUCUUGCUGAAACUAGCAGGAAAUGUGAGAAACUUAUUGAAUUAAAGAAGAACCAGGGUAAACUGGAUGAAAGGAAGUCAAAAUAUGAAAAUGAGCUCCUGAAAAGGAGCAGGGAGCUGGCUCUGUCUCUAAAAGGCCAGAAAUUAAGUGGAAAAGAAUUGAGAGAGAACUUUGAUGGUCUCUGGGCCAUCUUUGUUACUGAAAUGUCCUCUGCUGCUCUGCCUCCAGAACAGGUUAAUAUUGAUGUAGAUAUAGAAGAUGUCCUUCUAGACUAUUUUAAGGAGCCUAAUCUAGCAGCAAGAAUGGAGAUAUUUUCCGAAGAGCACAAGUUUUCUGUUGACUUGAAGAAACAUAUCAUUAAGAAAAAAUCUUGGGGCAUGUGGUCUACCAGUUUAGAUGAUGCUGAGCUGAACAACAUACAUCGCAUUACACAUAACAUUACAGAGCAUGUGGGGGCAAACAUUGAUAAGAAAGAGAAGGACAAAAUGGAUUACAGUAGAAAUUUUAUUUAUGAAAUACUGAAUGAAGUAGAGAAAGGUAUAAACUCUGUCCCUAACAAUGCAAAAUAUAGUUUAAAUAAAGAUUACAGAAUAGAUUUAUCACUGUAUCUGUGCGGAAUGGCAGCACAAAGGUUUAAAGACAUGCAUGCAGCAUUCAAAAAAGCAAAUGAUCCAGUCAUCUACCUGGAAAGUAAGAGAGAAGAUUUCUUUAAAUGUUUCCAGAUUUCCUGUGAAGGAGCAACUUCUAUCACAACAUUUUCUGAUUUUCUGUGCAAUAAGAUUUCUCCAGCUCUUUGCCAGGCAGUCUAUGGGAAGACAGCUCUUGUCAUAGCUCAAGACAUGAAGAUGAAAAUCCCAGAUUUUGGUGGCAAUAGAUCUCAACUGGAGGCUUGCAUAUUGAAAUACCUGGCACAAGAGGAAAAUUUUGAGAAAUUCAGUCACUACCUUCAUUUCCCCAAAGAUUUUUUUGAGGAGUAUAUCAAGGAACGUGUUGAUGAGUACUGUUUAGAUAAGAACAGGAGGCUGGAGAUGUUCUUAAAGGACUCUCUUACUCAUUACUAUGAAAACAUUCAGUCAGCUGUUUUUACAUCAACCAGAGUUGUCAAAGAUAGAAACGACAGAAAGGACAAAAUCUCUCUUUGGCUAGAUGAAUUCUGCAACACACUUGGAGACGUGCUAAACUUGCCCAGAAAGGACCUGAAAGGCAUUGAACAUCUGAAGCUAACAGAUAUAGAGUUCUUGAAAAAUGCCAUGACAGAAGCACUGGCUCCCCUGCGAGAUGAACUGGAGCAAGGGUUUGCUAACGCUGAUAUGAGCUCAUUUGAAAGGCAGCCACACACCAUUCUGGCUGAGCAGUUUGCAGGGUGCUGGGAACAGUGUCCCUUUUGUGGGGCUGUUUGCACAAACAUGUGUAAACACGACGGAGACCACCAGCUUCCUUUCCAUCGUCCUCAAGCUUUGAUUGGAUACAGGUGGUUUAAAACAGACAAUCUAGUUAUUGACAUUUGUUCUAGUAGUGUUGCAAGUAAAUGUUUAUUCAAGAUUGGUGAAGACACAUACUUUCCUUUCAGGAAAUACCGGAAUGCAGGGCAUCCUUAUUCCACUUGGAAGAUUCUACCUGAUUCAUCUAUGCAAGCAUACUGGAAAUGGUUUGUGUGUCAUUUCAGGACACAGCUAGAACAACAGCACAAAGGGAAAUUUCAAGGCAAAGGAGAAAUACCUGAUUCAUGGGAGAGAAUUACAAAGCAGGAAGCAAUCUCUGAACUGGACAAAUUUUAGAUUAAGUUGAUAGGAAGGAAGAACUGCAAGUGCUCUGCAUUUUAGAAGAAUGUAAUACAAGUAUAUCCAGAAAAUAUUGUUAUGAUCAUGUCCUCAAGCCAUGCAAAGAAAACUAUCUAACUGCUCAGAGAUUUGGGUGAAAUAAAGGGCGCUACUCCUGACCCUUACUCCUGCUCAGUUCUAUUGCUUCCUGAUGAAGGCAGACUUUUCUUCCCUUCUUGCCACAAGCAUUCAACUCAGUUUUGUGUUAGAGCAAAAAGAAAAGCAUUACUGCAGCAAGCAGUCAUAUGGUCAAGAUCAAGCACCAGAUGAGGAGCAAAGAUGACAUUAGAAAGCACCAGUCUUAUCAGCUGUUAGGAGAAAAUGGCACUGCCAAAAAUUAGCUUCCCUGCAGCAAAUACUUGUCUCACUUACAGAGAGAACUGUGGUAUCUGAGAGCAGUUUGACAGUUGUGGGGACCUGUGCUAUUUUGGUUUUUUGGAAUUAUUGUUCGUUUCUACAUAAUCAAGUGACUUUCUAUCUGUCUUUGAAGUUGCUAAAGCAGUUAAUAGCAGCAGCCUGUGUGGCCUUAGACAGUGAUUUAAUUCAUGUUUAUUAGGUGUAUCUCACAUGUUAAGAUGUACCCAGGCUUCCGUGCCCCAGUAUUACUCAGGUGCCUGGGCCUAGCUAAACCUCCUCUAGCUCUUAGCCAAGCCAACUGCUUUUGUGAUUUGCUAGUUGUUAAGAGCUUUCGUGCAACCAAUUUAGAGAAUGACAUAUUUUGCAGCUUCAGCAGCAAUUGUCAGCGUGUGAUCUUAGUGUUUCUGCUGUCAAGACAGACAGGUGUGACUUGUGUAAUGGUGUGGAGAAUGUGCAACCGGCUGAGACUGUACCAGUGACCAAGGAGACAGAUGGGUAGGUGAGUAUGGAGUGUUUGCUCCACAGUUCCUGCAACACACCUGGAACUUCAAGGACCUGAGACUCCUGCAGUUGGCCAAGGGUGGUGAUUUGUUACAAUCCCUUGUAGUCUUUGAUAAUAAAUGUGCUGCAUUGGA